AACAACAGCCGGGGAUCCACCAAUCGGAAUCCCCGCUGGCGGCCUUCCACUGUUUGUAAAUGACGUCACCGCGGCAGCCAAGAUGGCCACCUAGGGGUUUGUGGAUGGUGCUCAGCCCUCUGACAGCUCUCGCGUCCCGGCCGAAGGCGCUCUUGUAGCCCGCCUUGUUCUGUUCGAAAGCGGAUCGCACGCUUUGACACCCGCCGGGGACGGUAGACCUAGCCGAUCGUGGGGGGGUGUCCCAGCCCCGUCCUGCCCAGACGAUGGAGGGAGAGUUCUUGCCGGCGGUCGACAGUAUGGACCCGACUCUCUCCGAACUCGGGGAUGACUUCUCCCUGGGCUACAUCGACGAGAUGCUCCAGUUCGUGAGUAACCAGGUGGGCGAUUUCUCUGACCUGUUCGAGGACCAGCUGGGCGGCAGCCUGCAGACUGGGGGUUCGGGGGUUCCUUACCAGCAGCAGCAGCCCCCACCACAGCAGCAGCCCCCCGGCACCAACCCCACCCCCCAGCCCAGCCCGGUCUAUCAGGGCGGGCCGGCGGUGCCCCUGUCCCAGCUGCCCCCCUCCCUGCACCAGUCCCUCCCUCUCACGCCUCCCCAGACCCCCGUGCAGGCUGUCCAGCAGGGCUCCCCGCCUCUGACUGUGGCCCCGGCCCCGGCCCCGGCCCCGCUCCGCAGCGCCCCCUUGCUGCAGCCCAGGCCGCAGCAGGUGCAGGCGCCGCCGCCGCCGCCCAUCGCGGUGUCGGUCCAGACCCAGACCCUGACCGUGCAGACCCAGUCGGUCCCGAUCUACACCCAGGGGCUCCCCGUGCAGACGCAGGCUCCCACCCAGACCGUGAUGUUCACCCCCACUCUGACCAGCUCGUCCCAGUCGCGGAUCGUCCAGCACCCCGUCAUCUACCACCAGAGCCCCAUGAGUGGAUUCCAAGUCCUCCAGCCGCAGGUGCAGAGCAUCGUCACCUCGUCGCAGGUCCAGCCCAUGGCCAUCCAGCACCAGAGAGUGCUGACGCAGGCAGGCCCGCAGACCAUCCAGACCCUGGCCACGGCGCCCUCCACUGUGCAGGCGGUCUCGCAGCAGGUCCAGCAGGUCCAGCAGGUCCCGGUGCUGGUGCACCAGCCGCAGAUAAUCAAGACGGACUCCCUGGUUCUGACCACGCUGAAGCCCGACGGGUCCCAGGUGCUGUCCGCGGUGCCGAACCCGGCCGGGAUCACCACGCUCACCACCCCGAUCCAGACCCAUGCCCUGCAGGUCCCGACUCUGGUGGGCGGCAACAUCCUGACCACGGUGCCCGUGAUGAUGGGCGGGGACAAGGUGCCCAUCAAGCAGCUGUCGUCCGGCGGGUCGCCGGGCGGGGGCGGGGCCCGGGCGGGGCCGGGGGCGGAGAUGGGCGGGGCCGGGGGCGGGCCUGGGACGGGGUUGAAGGAAGGGGAGAGGAGGACCACCCACAACAUCAUCGAGAAGCGGUACCGCUCCUCCAUCAACGACAAGAUCAUCGAGCUGAAGGACCUGGUCAUGGGCAACGAUGCCAAGAUGCACAAGUCGGGCGUCCUGAGGAAGGCCAUUGACUACAUCAAGUACCUGCAGCAGUCCAACCAGAAGCUGAGGCAGGAGAACCUGGCGCUGAAGAUGGCCAACCAGAAGAACAAAUCCUCCCGCGGCUCCGACGCCCCGCUGUGCGAGGACGUGGAGAUGAAGCCGGAGCUGGUGAUGAUGUCGCCCCCGGCCUCCGACUCGGGGUCCCCCGGCGAGUUCUCUCCCUUCUCCAUCGAUUCCGAGCCCGGGAGCCCCCUGCUGGACCAGGGCAAGGUGAAGUGCGAGCCGGACUCCCCUCCCUCCCUGGGGGUCCUGGACCGGUCCCGGGUCCUCCUCUGCGCCCUCACCUUCCUCUGCCUCUCACUCAACCCCCUGCCCUCUCUCCUGGGGACCCCCGAGGUCGGGGGCAGCGAGGGGUCCGCGGUGCUGGGCCACGGCCCCGCCCGGACCAUCCUGGGGCUGCAGAACCCAUCCGAGAGCCUGGGGUGGGUGUGGGGCGUGCUCCCCACCGUCUGCGUGUGGGUGCUCAGCGUUGUGGGGGCUCUGUGGGGGUGCGUCAGGGUGCUGUACCUGUGGGAGCCCGUCACCCCCCUGCACUCCCCCAAAUCCGUGUCUUUCUGGAGGCGCCGGAAGCAGGCCGACCUGGACCUGGCCAGGGGUGACUAUCCAGCCGCAGUUGCCAAUUUGCAGACCUGCCUGUCAGUCUUGUCCCGCGCCCUGCCCUCUACCAAUCUGGACCUGGCCUGCUCCGUCUCGUGGAACGUCAUUCGCUACUGCCUGCAUAGGCCCGCCCCCCUGCGCUGGCUGCUGCGUCCGAUUGGAGGGCGGCGGGAGGGGGAGGAGUCCAAGACCAGUUCCAGGGACGCGGCGAUAGUCUACCACCGGCUUAACCAGCUGCAGCUCACAGGCAAGCUCUCCCAGCGGGGCGGCGUAUGGGGGCUCAGCCUGGCCCUCAGUGCGGUCAAUCUGGCCGAGAGCGCCCAGGACAGGAUCGACCCGUCCACGCAGGCCGAGAUCUACAUCACUGCGGCCAUCGCCCUCCGGACGGCCCUGGGUCAUCGGCUGAGCUGCCUGCCGGGACACCUGCUGGGCUGCGCGGAGGCCAUGGCCUGUCAAUCAGACGCCAGGCAGAUCCCUGAUUGGCUGCGCUGGCUCUUCACCCCGCUGGGCCGGCAGUUCUUCCUGGGUUGUGAUUGGUCGGUGAAGUCGGGGGCCCAGGAGGGAUUCUACACCUCCCAGAGAGACCCAGGUAGGGCCGGCCCCAAGCGCUGUGAGGCAGCGCCGCCAACCUCAGCGCCCCCUGAUGGCAGUGUCAUGCAUGGCCGGAGGGAAGGGGGGGUGAUGAUGGGUUUGUACGCAGGGAGGGCCGACCGCUUGUGGCGCUCAGGGGUCUGUUUUCUCCGCUCAGGCGGAGACCCUGUGUGCCGCUGGUGGGCGGCGGUGCUGAAGGCGGCGGCUCACUGGCUGCAGGGCGACGACGCGACGGUGAGGUCGCUGCUGGCCGAGGUGGAGCGCAUGCCGAAGGCCCUGCACAGCCUGGAUCACCCCCUGCCCAAGGCCGUUCUCCAGCUGUGCAAGACGGUGCAGCUCAGCUUGGGCGCCCUGAAGAGCGAGGCCGUGCCCACCUGCCUGGCCCACUGCGACCGGGCCAGCGGGCACCUGUGGGGCAGCAUCGCGGCGCCGCUGUCUCAGAGCCGGUCGGGGCUCAACAAGGGGGUGGAGCUCCUGGUGUGUGACCUCCUGCUGACCCUGAGGACCAGCCUGUGGCAGCGAGGAGGCGGAGCCAGCGGGGAGUCGGGCCCCGCCCCCGGGGCGCAGCUGGCCGGCUUCCAGAGGGACCUGAGCGCCCUGCGCAGGCUGGGCCACUGCUGCCGCCAGGCCCAGCACAAGCUGUUCCUCCACGAGACGACGGUGCGGCUGAUGGCCGGGGCCAGUCCCACUCGCACCCACCAGCUCCUGGAGCACAGCCUGAGGAGGAGGAGCAACGUGCAGGGCAGUGCGGCAGGUAACGGCACUGCACACUGCACACUGCACACUAUUUCCUAA